GGUGUCAUAGCCAUUAAACCACUUGCGAAUGCACUUCAAAGAUAUGCGCCUACACCAAAUCAUCUCACGAAUUUGCAUCAAAUGUUUAUUAAGGAAUGUUUGUUAUCAAGAUGUUAUAAGCAGGCACUUCCAAUAUUGAAGAAUGAUAUUACUGAAAUAGAUGUGCCGAGCACAGCAAUCUUCUAUACAGAUCAUUUGCUAUAUCAUUAUUAUGGCGCGAUGGUUUACAUAGGAUUAAAGAAUUACGAACGUGCUCUUUAUUUCUUAAGAUUGGUUAUUUCUGCUCCUGCGAGUGUUACUAGUCAAAUUCAAAUCGAAGCAUAUAAAAAGUUUAGCUUAGUAUCUCUUCUUUUACUUGGAAAGAUAGCUCCCCUUCCCAAAUACACUGCUAGUGUAGUUUAUCGUUCAGCAAAAAACCAAUGUCAAGCUUAUCAAGAUUAUGCAUCUGCUUUUGAGAGCUUAAACGUAAAACGGCUGCGGAACGAGUUCACCAAAUGGACUGACAUUUUUAGAAAGGAUAAAAAUCUUGGUUUAGCUAAACAAACUCUCAGUGCAAUUUAUCGACGAAACAUUCAACAAUUGACUCAAACUUAUUUGACAUUGUCAUUGGCCGAUAUUGCUGAUGCAGUGGGAUUAGAGGGACGUGAUGCACCAAAAAUAGCCGAGAAUUACGUCUUAAGAAUGAUCGAAUCUCGUGAGAUAUUUGCUACUAUUAGUCAUUCUCAUCAGAAUGGAAUGGUAUCCUUCCACGACAAUCCUGAUCGUUAUGAUACAUCACUCACGAUUACUCAACUUGAGGAACAAAUAAACAAAUCUACCACUGUGAGCGAACGUGUCAUUAAAACCGAUAAGCUUGUGGGAUGUAGUAAAGAAUACCUUACAAAGAGCCAACAUAUGCUUACUACAGGAGGAGCAAUCCCAGGUGGACUUGGUCCUGGUGAUGAUCCUGAUUUCUUGGGAGGCAGUGGUGGUUUUGAGCAUUUCAUUGAUGAUGGAAAAUAUUUUAGUUAA